ACUGGAGCCGUAUUCACCAAUAUCCGUAAGUCUAUUUUUUUUAGACUUACGCUAAGUUUCAGACUCAGACUCAGACUCAGUUUAAAAAAAGUUAAUUCACGAAACUGAAAUCAUCCCAGUUUUAGACUCAGACUCAUAAGCCUGAGUCUAAAAUUCUGAGUCUACUAUUUGUAGACUUACGUACGUGUAGUCGCGACGUAACGUUCUAAGCACGUAGCUAAACCAACAUGGCCGCUGCCCAUAGGAAUCUACGUCGGUGUAGAAAUAAUCGGCGCUUGCGAGUAGAGAGAGUGUUUUUAGAUCGUACAAAUCCGCUGGAAAUAUACAGAGAUGUCGAACUUUACAAGCGGUUUCGAUUUACGAGAGACACUCUCCAAUUCAUAUGCGAAAUUUGCUUUGACGUAGAGAGACACACAAAUCGAAGUUUGCCGAUCCCAGUGGCACUAUCGGUGUGCACCUACCUGCGGUACGUUGCUAGCGGGGACCUGCAGCUCACCGUGGCUGACAGCGCUGGUCUGUCACAGGCUACAGUUUGUAGGGUCUGUGCACAGGUCAGUGCCAUAUUGGCCGCAAAAGUGUCGGACUUCGUCAAGUUCCCGACUGGAAUAGACGCCGCCCGUGUGAAGCAAGGGCUUGGAGCCAUAGCCGGUUUCCCUAAUGCGCUUGGAUGCAUAGACUGCACGCACAUAAACAUAAAGAAACCAAAUGAAAAUGUAGAAGAUUUCAUUGGACGGAAAGGGAUCCCGACCAUUAACGUACAGGCGAUCUGUGAUGCAGACUACAAGAUAACAAGUUUCACAGCGAACUGGCCGGGAAGAACACACGACGCAAGGAUAUGGAGGAAUUGUGAACUCCGGAACCAGUUUGAAAACGGACAACAUGCUGGCCUACUCAUCGGAGACAGCGGGUAUGGUUGUUCUCGCUAUUUGCUGACACCAUAUUUACGACCAGUGAACCAGUCCGAAGACAGAUUCAACAGGUCACUCUGUAGAACAAGAGUGAUAAUUGAACAGACAUUCGGGAUGUUAAAGAACCGAUUCGGAAUAUUGGGACGCAAGAUCCGCGCAACACCAACAAGGGCUGUACAGCACAUUAGUGCAUGCAUCGUUCUGCACAAUAUUGGAAUUGCGCGCAACGACUCAGUCGAGAUCCCUGAAAUUGAUGCCUAUGAAGCAGCACAACCUGUAGCCAAUCCGCCUGACAAUGUGGAUGGACGCGCUAUGCGGCAUUUCAUUACUGAAACAUAUUUCAGUAGAAUGUAAGAAAGGAAAGAAACUGAAGAUGAACUAAAUAUGCUUAUUGCAUAAUUAGCUAUUCAUUUUCCUUUUAUUACCUGUAAAUGUAUUUUUUGCAGUCAUACUGUUUAAGAAACACUAUACAUGUAAAAUGUAUAACAUUCUCCUUUUCAAAGUACCUUCAUACAUUAUAUGAAAACUGUUCAAGGGGUGUAUCGAAGGUGUUUCAUGAUAUACAGAUAAUUAUUUAACAAAAACAA